AUGGCCGACCCAGCGUAAUAAAUAAAUAUUAAAUUAUGUGACAUGUCAAGUGAUUUAUUAAAGGAUGCUCAAUAUAUAAUUCUUGAAAAUCUGAAAAAACACAGCCAUGAAAGAGAUAUUGCAUAUUACAUUAAGAGGGAAUUGGAUAAGAGACACACAGGUCCUUGGCAUUGUGUGGUUGGGAAGAAUUUUGGGAUUUUCGUAACACAUGAAGAAGGGUAUUAUUUGUAAGCAAUCAAGGGAUAAAUCACUAUAGUGGUUUGGAAAUGA